AUGGCACUCCUUAUUCUCUACGUUCAUGAAAAGAAUAAUCACUGCGGCACAGAACAAACGCUUAUCGCUCUCCGUCACUGCGUUUGGAUACCGAAAGGACGAUCAACCAUCAAACGUGUCAUCAAUAAUCGAUGCUUCAUCUGCAAGCGAUCAAAGGCAAGACCUUUCAAGUUGCCAGAUUUUCCAUUGCACCCAUCGCACCGUGUUAGCAAACUCAACUACCCCUUUGGAAAUGAAAAAGCUGGACCUUAUGGGACCAAUAACUCUACUCACUCCCUCGAGGAGAAUCUGAGAUAUGCUGGAUUGGUCAUAACAUGUCUCGAUUGCCGUGCUAUCGUAGUUGAAUCGAUCCAAAGUUUAUCCUCAACUACAUUUCUUCAUAAUCUUCGACGCUUCAUCGCUACAUAUGGCUGCCCAAAACGAACCAUGUGCGGCAACGCACCUGCAUUUAAAGCUUUCGCUCAAGCACAUGAAGAAGAACCGAUACGCGAAGUACGUCGAAAGGAUCUACAGGAUUACUGCGUAGCAAAUGAAAUUGAGUUCAAAUUCAUAUCGGCUUUCAGCCCAUGGCAAGGCGGCGUCUACGAAAGAAUGGUGGGCAUAUUCAAGAACAGCUUUAAAAAACGCUGUGGGCGAAUCAAGUCGCAGAUCGACAAAUAA